AUGCGAAAAGCUUCAUACAUAUUUGAAAUGAAGAAAAUCGUGAUUUUUGGAUCUACCGGCAUGACCGGCCUUUGCGCAGUUGAAGCGGCCGUGAAAAGGGGUCUGGAAGUGCGCGCGUUCCUCCGCGACCCGGCUAAGCUCUCCGCCCACCUCAAGGACAAGGUAGAGAUCUUCAAGGGCGAUGUGCUGGAGCCAGACUCGGUGGCCAACGCGGUGGAAGGCACCGACGGCGUCGUGGUGGUCCUCGGCACGCGCAGCAGCCUCGAGCCCACAUCAGACCUGUCUGAGGGCCUGAGAAACAUCGUCGACGCUAUGAGGGCGAAGAACGUGACGCGAGUCACAGCCUGCUUGUCCGCCUUCCUCUUCUACGACAAGGACAAGGUGCCGGCCAAGUUCGGACCGCUGACCGACGACCACAGGAGGAUGUACGAGGUGCUGAAGGAUGCCCCGCUGGACUGGGUCGCCGUGUUCCCGCCCCACAUUUCGGACGACCCGAGCCGCGAUAUAAUCGUCGAGGUCAACCCACAGAAGUCGCCAGGCAGGGCCAUCUCCAAGUGGGACCUCGGCGCGUUCCUGGUGGACGCCCUGAAUGAGCCCAAAUACUACGGGACCAUUGUGGGCCUGUGCAACGUUCCACUGCAG